AAUAUGGAACUCAGAAACCAAACAGGUAUUGCAAAAAUCUUUCUCCUGGGACUGACAGAGUAUCCAGAAUUUCAGCCUCUCAUCUUUAGCUUGUUCCUGAUCAUGUACCUGGUCACUGUCCUUGGAAACCUGCUCAUUAUCCUUGUGGUCAGCAGUGACUCUCACUUGCAUACCCCCAUGUACUUCUUUCUCUCCAAUCUAUCCUGUACUGAUAUCUGUUUAAGCACAAUUACCAUUCCAAAGAUGCUGGUAAACAUUCAGACACAGAAUCAGAGCAUUACUUAUAUAGGCUGCCUCAGCCAGAUUUUCUUUGUUCUGGCUUUUGGUGGUUUCGAAAACUUUCUUCUUGCAGCAAUGACCUAUGACCACUAUGUGGCCAUUUGCCAGCCACUGAGGUAUACGGUCAUCAUGAAUCCCUGCUUCUGUGGUCUACUGAUUCUUUUUUCCUUGUUCAUUAGUAUGUUGGAUGCUAUGAUGCACUGUGCAAUGAUUUUGCAUCUGUCCUUCUGUACAGACCUAGAUAUUCCUCAGUUCUUCUGUGAACUUGCACAGGUACUUAAACUUGCUUGUUCCAGUACCCUCAUUAACAAUAUUCUCACAUAUUUUGUGGCUAGCAUAUUGGGUGUUUCUGUUUUCUCUGGUAUCAUAUUCUCUUACAGUCGGAUUGUCUCCACUGUUCUAAGAAUGCCAUCUGAUAGUAGAAGAUAUAAGGUAUUUUCCACCUGUGGUUCUCACCUCUCAGUUGUUUCUUUAUUCUAUAGGGCAUCUUUUGGUGUUGUCUUCAGCUCUGCAUUUACAAAAUCUCCCACAAUAACAUCAGUAGCUUCCAUGAUGUACACUGUUGUCCCUCAAAUGAUGAAUCCUUUUAUCUACAGUUUGAGGAACAAAGACAUAAAGGUAAGCUUCAGAAAACUCAUUGGUAGGAUAUCUUAUUUUUAG